UUCAAGGAAGGUACAAGCAUCUCAGACGGGUUUGAUGAUAGGCUAAGGCUGACUUCUAAAGCGCACUGGCCCGAAUGCGCUCCCUUGCCUGAAUAGACCGAACGGGACGAGCGGCGGUUCGGUUUUUACGGCCCUUAGAAAGUGUAUGGAGCGAUCGCUGACGCAGUCUGUAGACUACAACGCAAAUUUACGUGGAGCUGUAGGACUCCUUCACCUGUCUCCAUAAUUCCUUCAUAACUCUGAAAGCCCAAGAAAGUCAUGUCUAGGAGAAAGGUGAGGGGAUUGACGCGGACAGGGCGGCAGGUGAGCGAAGACCCUGACAUCGACAACUUGUUGUCCACCCUGUCGCCCGAGGAGAUGGAGGAGCUCGAAAAAGAGGUCAUGACGGUGCCCGACUCAGAUCCGAACGAGAUAUUCGAGGCCGGACAAAGGAACCGGUUGGUUAAGCAACCCUCGGUAAGCAACAACAGGGAGGCCAAACUGGACCCCUGCGAGCGUGACACCAAGAGACUGCCUCAAAGAGAGCUGUCGUUCGAGCAGGGAGAACCCAGAAAAGAGAGCCGGAAGCAAGAGUACCUGAGGAAAAUGGGCCUGAGUCAGGAGAAGUGUUUCUCCAGUUCGGAAAGUCAAGAUGGAGGACUCCAGAGGCAGGACAGUGUCUCCACAGAGGGAGAGCGCAAGAUGGAGGAGAGAAACUGCAAAGAACGAGAAGAUCCUAAAGGGAACCAGGUGAGCCCCUCUGAAAGAUUCAGGAGGAUGGAGACCCAGGACAAGGUGACCCCGGAGGAGGGUAAGGGGAAAGAGAGGUACGAAGAGAGCAAAAAGAAGGAAGAAAGCAAUAGCAAGACAAGAGAUCUGAUAUCAAAGCUGCAGGAGAAAAAAGAGGAUACCAAGGAAAAGGAGAGAAAAGAGGAGACCAGGAGAAGAGAUGAGGGAAAGACGAAAGAGUUGAUUUCGAAGUUGCAGGAGAAAAAAGAAGAGAGUAAGGAAAGGGAGCGAAAAGAGGAAAUAAAGAGGAGGGACGAUAGUAAGACCCGAGGGCUGAUCUCCAAGCUGGAGGAAAAGCAAAGCCAGGGAAAGGAGGUGAAGGCUGACAUUAAGAAGGACAGAGGGGAGGAGAAAGGCAACACUGAAUUUCAGCUUGAACGAUCAGUAUCACAUGAAAAGGAGAAGGAAGUGAAAGAGGACAUGAGGAAGAAGGAGAAGGGAGAGAAGGAGGAAGUGAAGGAAACUGAAAAAGAAAAAGAAAAGAAGGAGAAAGAAAAUACAAAAGAGAAGGAAAAGGAAGUGAAAGGUAAGGAAAAUAGGGAAAAAGAGAAGGAGAAAGAAAAUUAUACAGGGAAAGAGAAGACCCAAAAGUCCAUCAGAAAUGAGGAACCUGGGAACUGCAAGAGCCCAGUCAGCAAGACCAAAGAAGAGGAGGAGGAGGAUGAAGCUGCCAGCAUGUUUGACGAGCCCUUGGAGAAGGUCCGCAGCAACGAUCCCUCAAUGACAGAGCUCAAUGUCAACAACUCGGAGGUCAUCAAGACCAAAACCCUUAUCCAGUUUGCUGAGGCGCUGAAGGAUAACACCCACGUCAAGACAUUUUCCCUCGCUAACACCCGGGCCGACGACCAUGUGGCCUAUGCUAUCGCGGGCACACUGCGGAGCAACAAGACCAUCACCAGCAUCAACCUGGACUCAAACCAUCUCACCAACAAGGGCAUCAUAUCCCUGAUCCAGGCCCUGCAGCACAACGCCACCUUAACCGAGCUGCGCUUCCACAACCAGCGCCACAUCUGCGGGGGGAAGACCGAGAUGGAGAUGGUGAAGGUGCUAAAAGAAAACACCACACUGCUCAAGCUCGGCUACCACUUUGAGCUGGCCGGACCUCGCAUGACCAUGACCAACAUCCUGAGCCGCAACAUGGACCGUCAGCGGCAGCGGCGCCUGCAGGAGCAGAAGCAGGCCCAGGCCAAUGGCGAAAAGAAGGGAGGCUCUCUGGAGGUGCCUAAGGCUGGAGGGGCCUUCCUCAAGGGAUCUCCCAAGGCCUCGCCUCAGCCCUCGCCGCAACCCUCUCCCCUGCCCUCCCCGCUUGCCUCCCCCAGAGUGACCCCUAAGCGCGGAGGAGGCGGAGGAGGGGCCCCGCCCCCACCGGCCCCGCCCCCACCUCCCCCUGCCCCUUUGCUGGAAGGAGACUUCCUGCGGAACUCUCUGUCACCUGCAUCACAGAGGAAGCUGGACGAUAGGGGGGCGGGACGAGGUGGCGGGAAGAACUCAAGGGACCAGCUUCUGGCUUCCAUAAGGGCCAGCAACAUCAAGCAGCUGAAGAAGGUGACAGUCCCCAAGCUUCUGCAGUAAGAAGAGGGAUCAAGGCAAGGAGGUGAUGAGGAGAAAGGAGAGAGGGAGAGAGAGAAGGAGAGUGCAAGGAGAAGGGCAGACAUCUCACAGACUUCGAGAGGACUAAAACUAUUUGUUGUACUGAACACGUGGAUACAGUCUCACCACUGAGCUGCAAUGCAGAUGGGGCAGGCAUGGAAUCAAGGGUGGCGGCUUCGGCCCGGGACGUCCGGCCUCGGCUGCUGGUCGUCCCAGCAUUGUGCGCUCACUGGAGGAUGCGGCCACCAGGAUUUGGUCCAUUUGUCAGUGGCCUCCCCCGUCAAGGCCUUGCCUGUCAUUUGCACUAGACUCCAAAAGCAGGUCAUUGGUACAGUAUGUGGGAGAAUGUGCGCAGUGUGCUUUUUGUAUGAGGUCUUUGCUGUAGCGUUCAUAUCAGGUGAUGAUGAUGAGAAUGGUGCAUGUCGUCGAGUCAGUUUAUAAUCCUGAAACUCUGGUACAGAUAUCCAGCAGAGACAUCAGGAAGUUAUUUAUCAGUUUUGUAUCGUGCAAAUGCAAAAGAAAUGUUGUGGCAUGUAUUUUUUGCUAUUCUGCUGGGUCUGGGGAUUUUCAAUUGAGCAGUAAUCAGGAAAUUAAAGUAGUAUUUUACCUUUACAGACUCUACAUUUAGACUAAUUGGUAACAGAGUCCCUGGGAAGAGUGAGCAGAAAUUGAUGCUGUUUGUAUGACUGCCAGAUCUCUCAAAUCUCAGGCAUCUUUGUCUUUGUCAAAAACAAGCUUGGAUUCCUACCUUUUAAAAAUGACCCAAGAUAGUGGUGUAGAGAUCUCUAAAGUAUUUUGUUUUGAAUAUUAAAAUUUGCUGUUAGAUGGAUGUUGACAUUCUAGCACUUUCUGUCCUGGGGUAUAUCUGUAAGGUUUACCUUUGGCUGUUGGAAUUUAAGAAUGGUGUUGAUGAUAGAACACUGCCAUUGAACUUCAUUUCCAAACCUGGUGAGUGCUUUUCUAAGAUACUACAGAUACUACAGAUGAGAAUUCUUUACCUACCUUGCAACAGAAUGAA